ACACCACUAAGAAGUUGACGUGUGAAGCGUGUUGUGGGCAGAACAUUGAAGACAACUGUCACGUGUGGUGGGAGAUGAAUGGAGUGAAAGUGGGCUCGCAGCAGCAAGGCUACUCGGUGAACACCACCAGCGAGGUGGAGGUAUCUUCAAUGCGGAGUAUCUUCACAGCUAUCCUGACCAUAAACAGUGACUAUGAGGGACCUCCAGUCAAAGUUCACAUGUGUUGCAAUGAAUGACCAGAAAUGGGAUUAUGCAGUGGUUACUCUCAAGCUAAGAGGGUUUAUGUUUAUGGGUCUAUGUGUGGUGCUACUGCUCUUCUUCUUGCUAGCUGCUGUGGCUGUCAAAGUCUUUGACAUCGAUCUGGCGCUCCUCUUCCGUGGAGUUUUCAAAUGCUGUGGUCGAUCUGAGGAUGGGAAGGUCUAUGAUGCUUACGUUGUCUCCCAGAUGGAUGGCGUAGACAAGGAAAGGGAGGAGAAAGUGUAUCACUUUGUGAGCAUUGUUCUGCCCACUGUCCUGGAGCAGAAGUGUGGCUUUAGACUCUUCAUCCACGGCAGAGACGACUUACCUGGAGAAGACCGCUUGGAGUUGGUGGAGGCCUGCAUGCAGCUGAGCAGGAGGCUGAUUGUCAUCCUGAACCCCAGCUCAAACACAUUGUCAGGCUCAGGAGGUCAAGGGUCAUGUGGCUACACGUCUUUGUUGACCACAGCGGAGGACUAUGAAUGUCAGGUGGGGCUCUACCAGGCUCUGGUCCACAGUGAGAUGAAUGUUAUCCUCAUCCAGCUGGGGGACAUGGGGGAGGGUGGCUACACACACCUGCCCCCCGGCCUGCAGCACCUGGUCCGCAAGAGUGCCCCCUUAAUGUGGCAUGAGGGAAGGCGUGGGUUGAUGCUGCCCAACUCAAGCUUCUGGAAGAGGGUGCGUUACAUGAUGCCUUGGCCGCGCCACUCGACUAGUAUUGACAACCAGUUAAUAUGACUGUUCUAUGUAAACAAUCAGGUCUGAGGACUUGAAGUGCGUGUGGAGGUCUGGGUUCUCUGAAAAUCCUUAUUCCAUUCAUAGAAAUAUCAUUAAUUAUUCCGGUGCUGUGCAGAGAUAUACACAGGUUAGCUGAGAACGUCACAAAAACGAUGUGUACAAUGUGGCAGAAGGCCGUGUGUUGUUGUGAUUCUGGAUGGCUAGCAACAAUGACAAAGAAACUGCCAUGUGGGGAAUAGUAAGUGGCUAAUUUCAGCUAGUUUUAUCUUGUUCUUGAUUCCAUGUCUUGUUUUUAGGUAUUUUGACUGAUGUCACAUCUAUGCUAAUAUGGCAAAAUGUGCUUGCUUACUAACCAACAACUGUAACAAUGUAUUUGUGAGAGAACAAGUGUUCAUUGUGCAACUUUUUUAUGUUUUCAAUAAACAUUGGAGACUAAACAUAGUUUACAUGUUGUCAACAA